CACUUAGGCAUUCCGGCAGCGUGACGCAACGGCACUGAAUUUACUCGAAUUUUCAAAGCAAUAUUAAAUAAGGUUAGUAAUAUUGCCUUAAUAUCGAGUGCUAAAUAAGGCUCAGCUAAGGUAAAAGCUUGGAAUAGGUCAAAGAGGGGUAGUGUGACUGCUGAUCAUUUGGGCAAGCCUUCCAAUAUAAAUACACGGAGAUCGCAGCCAAAUCUGUCUUCAAAAUAGCGCACUUUAGGUUCUGUACAUCGUAAGAUUCAGUUGUGCUUUAGGGUUUUGAGGGUUUUAAUAGGUUCUGGAGAAUUUAUUCAGAUCCACAAUGAACAAAAUAUGGAUCUUAGCUUUUGCCGGGCUUGCCUUCGCAGCUUUGAUUGUGCAGGUUCGAUCCGAUGACGUGGUGGCCCUAACUCCCGAUACAUUUGACAAUGAAGUGGGCAAAGAUAAGGGUGCGCUCGUCGAAUUUUACGCACCAUGGUGUGGACAUUGUAAAAAACUUGCACCUGAAUAUGAGAAACUUGGGGCAAGUUUCAAGAAGGCCAAAUCUGUUUUGAUAGCAAAGGUUGAUUGUGACGAGCAUAAAAGUAUAUGCUCAAAGUAUGGCGUCUCUGGUUUUCCUACUAUCAAGUGGUUCCCCAAAGGAUCAUUGGAACCAAAAGACUAUAAAGGUGGCCGUACUGCAGAAGAGCUUGCUGAGUUUGUGAAUACUGAGGAAGGUAUUCAUGUGAAAGUGACUGCUCCCCAAUCUGAGGUAGUGGUGUUAUCACCUGAGAAUUUUGACUCAGUUGUUCUGGAUGAAUCAAAAGAUGUUCUUGUCGAGUUUUAUGCACCAUGGUGUGGUCAUUGCAAAAAUCUGGCUCCUGUAUACGAAAAUGUUGCUACAGCAUACAAAUUUGAGAAAGAUGUAGUGAUUGCAAAUGUUGAUGCUGAUAAACACAAGGACCUUGCAGAAAAGUAUGGUGUUGGUGGAUUUCCAACAUUAAAAUUCUUCCCUAAGACCAAUAAGGCUGGUGAAGAUUAUGAUGGUGGUCGUGAUUUGGAUGACUUUGUUGCUUUUAUCAAUGAGAGGGCUGGUACAAAUCGUGAUGGGCAGGGCCGCCUGACAUCUCUUGCUGGCAAAGUUCCAAGCAUGGAGGAUUUGGUAAAAGAAUUUUUGGCUGCUGCUGAAGAUGAACGCAAGGCUGUUUUGGCAAAAUUUGAGGAGGAAUCUGCAAAAUUGGUUGGUGCUCCUGCAAGUUUUGCAAAGGUUUAUGUGAAGGCUGCAAAAAAGACAAUAGAGAAGGGUGUGAACUAUGCAAAGAAUGAGGUUGAUCGACUUGACCGCAUUCUUGAAAAGUCUGUUAGCCCCACAAAAGCAGAUGAGUUCAUUGUCAAGAAGAACAUUCUAUCAUCUUUUGCAUCACAGUAAUCUGGCUUUUCGAUCACUAACAGACUUCAGCUAGCAGAAUCAUUCAAUCAAUUAGGCAGCGCUAAAUGAGAAUGAUAGAUUUUCAUGAUUGAGAGUUAUUUGAGUAGCACAAUAGAAGGGAAACAAGUGUCAUUCUUCUUUUUACCAUUGUUUUCUUGAUAGGAGCCACACAGGGUAAAUUGAGUCACUAAUAAUUUGUACACUUGUCUUUUUGCUAUUUAUGUCAACAAUGGCGAGAAUACAUCCAAUGAUUGCUCCAUGAUAUUGAGAUAUCUAUUUUAACUUA